AUGGAUUCUUCUCUCCCGCUGCAGUACUGCCUUACCCACUCAAGCGUCUUUGGUGGUAAGGUGCGCAAUGGUUCUCUCUGUCUCUGUUUGUUCCUGCUUUUCAACAUCCUUUCUCUUGCCGUGCUUCCUCAAUGAAGAUGUCUUCCGCUGAGUUCUGCCCCCUCUUCAUUCGUCGAUCAGUUGCAGGGGUUUCAAAGUGUGGUCACAUGGCCGCAUCUCAGGGGUAGCGAAAACAGCGUCAAUCCUCUGAUGCUGGGAAACAGGCGGAGGACAUCAUAUGCUAUCAGAGCUUCGAUCAGCACGCCUCCAUACAGGCUAUUCGAAUCGCCGCAUGUGGAGGAGUCGUCCUCUGAGGUGCUUACAACUCCCUUACCUCCUCUCCGCAAUGUUCUAACCUCGGCGUUUCUUCCGUGUUCUCGUUUAAUCUGGGGAAGAGUCUCUCUUAUGCCAUGCCUUUGUCCUUAUCUUUUCUUGUUUAUUUGCGUAGCUGGAAUCUGCGGACCCCGAUUUCUACAAGAUUGGGUACGUUAGGAGUGUUCGGGCGUAUGGAGUCGAGUUCAAAGAAGGGCCGGAUGGGUUUGGAGUGUACGCUUCUCGGGAUGUUGAGCCCCUGCGGAGAGCGAGGGUGAGUUUACCUCGAGUGAUUUUCUUUGGAGGAUUGUACUUCACACUAAACAAUUUCUCCGGGAAGCUCAAUUUUCAGAAGCCGACAGAGCAUACGUCUGCACGUAGCAUUUGCUGUGCUUUUCGAUUUUUCGUACGCUAAGAUCUGUGAAUCUAUAAGAUAUCUCAUUGCUUUCUUGGACUGGGUUUUUCACGAUCUGCAUGGUCCAUUUUCGGUAGCACACUAUUUUUCCCUUGUAUUACGUUUUCAUUGUGUUACUGUGAUCACGUUUGGAGGCUGCCGUACAGGGGACAGGAUAGAUUGUAUAAUCUGGAUCAGUACAAGUGAGUUUUCUUGAUUUUCUUGUGGCUUAUGUUAUUAUCUGGUCGACGAAACGAGAAUCUCACCAGGGAUCUGCGAGCUUGACAAGAAACUUAUUUGUUUUGGGACUUGUCUCCACUGGGGGACAGUUGAUGAAAAUUCAUGAAAGUGUCACACCACUUGCUUUUCAUGGAGCUUCAUGAAUCCCAACACUAGGACAUGAGUAAAUGAUGAAUUAAUCUGUUAAUUUGAUGAUUUGUAGUGUAAAUUUUGGCCAAGCUUAACAGGAGACUGCUGUGACUGUCAAACAGGAGUAUUUAAUGUACUAGUGCUAUCUAUUACUUGGGUGUGCUGUCGUCUGUGCCUCAGGAUCCUUGGGUGGUCUUAAACUGGGGAAGAUUUUGAAAAUGGAACUAAUGUGAAGUAAUGAUUUGAUUUUGAUUCUUAUCUGCUACAGAUGCAUGUUUUUAUUCUCGAAAGAGAUGAGAACAAACUUAAUACUCAAGAAUACAUGUCAGUGAUCAUCAGCCAAUAAGCAUGCUCGAAUGAGAUUUCAUCAUUUUCUAACCUUAUUUCCAAGCCUAUCUCUGGACUAUUUUCGUUGAAUCCCAGACUCUCUCAGUCUGAGCCUUCGGUUUUUGUUAAGUGGUGCCAAUAACUAGAAUGGAUAAAUGAUCUAAAAUAUUUCACCCUCAAGCCUUAUAGUGUUAUCAUGCAACUGCUUUCUAUUUUGAACGACUAGAUCAAUCAUCAGGUAGCAACAAGAUGCCACCAGUAUGUAUUAGUUUCCCUAUUUUUAAGAAUUCUAAUAUUCAACUCGGUACUGAGGGUUUGAGCUGACAAGUUCUUAAAAUGUAGUGAUGGCAUGCGAUCAAUGCCUCCUUUCUUACAUUUCAUGAUAAUUUUAUUAUUUUUCAUGAUUGAUUACGAGAAUUGUUUUGCUGGUUCUCCCAACUAUUUUAACUGUACUUCACAGUAUUCAUUAACUGCACUAAGAGCAUAAUUGAAUUAUCAAAAAGCUUCUGGAAUUCAUUUCGCUUCUACAAGUUCUGAAGUUUCAUGGGGGAUAAUUCUGGAUAAAUAAUUACCGGGAAAAGGAUCAAAUAUUAAGGUUUUGAACUAUGUAAUGACCUAAUCUUCAAUUGACAAUUUUACUAUCAGAACAAGCAAAAUUUUGUGCAAUAUGCUCCUUUUUUGUGUUCACGUUCACUUUUUGGUUGUUCCCAUGUUUCCUUUUUUAUGCUGUCUGUACUUUCUUCAUCCUUCUAUUUUAAUUGGAAUAAUUUUCCCUUCACUUUUUACCAUGCUUUCCUUCUUUGGUUGGUUAUUGGUGAAAUGUUUUUUAUCAGAUAAUAAUGGAAAUUCCACUGGAGUUGAUGCUAACCAUCAGCAAGAAGCUUCCUUGGAUGUUUUUUCCAGAUGUUGUGCCAGUUGGUCAUCCUAUAUUUGAUAUAAUCAAUUCAACAAAGCCAGAGGUAAGCCUGUGCUCUAUCUGAUGAUACUAUCUUCUUCUUAAGUUAGAUUAUGCUGCUUUCGGUAUUUUUAGUUUCCCUUGUCUAUUUGAAACUUUUCCAUUGUGUAGAUAUACGAGAAUAAGUCUGUGAGAAGAAAAAUCAUUUCAUUUUCCGACCAAAGUCACUCCUAUGUUUAUUUAUAUUUACUUUUUCUCAGGCCAUUCAAUGGUUGAAACUUUCGAGAUUUUCUUGACGUAGAAUAUAAUUUUUUUGCAAUUAUGUUAUGAUUUGCACUUAUUCAUGAUGUUUUGAAUGAAUAAUGCUGUCUUCAGAUACUUUUUGCUGACUUUGGCGGGCUUAUUUCUCUGAUGUUAUAGUUACAAUGCCCUGUAUUUUUGCUUUUUUGUAGAGUACCAAACAAUUUAAGCUGACUCCUGUUUUGCAGACGUUUGAUAACUAAUCAUUUGGAUGGAAUUUAAUCACAUGGAUGUCCUUGUGAUUUCCCGGACAUUUGAUAACUAGUCAUUCGGAUGAAAUUUAACCACAGAUGUUCUUGUCAGAUUUAAUCAUCUGUGUGGAAAAUAUGCCUCAUCGUUUUGUAGAAGCUAUUUUUCCGAUUAUUAAUUUCAAGAAAACUGAUUGACAUUAGAGGGGACCAAAUUUUUAUUUUAAUGAGAAAUUUCUAAUUAAAUACUGAGGACAAUGAAUAAUAGCUAUGAAAUAAAUUAAAUAAUGAAGUGAUAAAGCAUUGGCAGUUGGAUGUAUGCCUAGGCCAAUGAUGAUGCAUAUGGCUCCGCUCUCUUGCAGGUUUCGUUAAUCCAUGUUAACUCACAUUGAGCAUGCCUUGGAAUCUAUAAAAGAAUGAACAGAAGGAUUGAGCAUUGACAAACCAAUUAACGGAUUUUAUUGGACUGUAGAAAAAAUGCUGGACAAAUAGUGAAAUAAUGAAUGGAAAAGUUAAUCAAAAUGUUUUGAUCUUUUCAGUGAAAAUGGUCCUUAUGUACUUCUAGCUUCAGAACUUCGAUCCUGUCAAUACCUGAGGAAAUGUUCCCUUAGAUGAUAAUCUAACACUUUUUGAAUAACUAAAAUUUCUUUGGUGUCUGAAUUUGGCCCUAUUUUGAACAAGCUUGAAAGAAGAUCCAUAAAUAUGUUGAAAAGUGCCAAAUAUUCACAACAUUGGAUUUUAAAGACUGGGUCUCGCUGUUACAGUCUUCAGGAUGUGUUAUUCAAUUUUGUGAGAACUUAAUGAAGCAGUAUUUUAUGAUAAUUCAGUUUUCUUUUGCUGAGUGUUUUAUUCUAAACUUUGUCUUUUGAAACAGGUAUUUCACAAAAACUUAGGUCGUCUUUGCUGCAGUAAACACAGGAAACCGUUGCUUCAUGAAUAACUUUGUAACUACUAACAGAAUUUUGAGAAACAUAUUACAAUCUAACUGUCCGUUGAUCAUUCUGUUAGAAUUUAAGUGAAUACCGAAAAUAAAAGGUGGAAAUCCAUUCCAAGAUUUCUGCAGUGACAAUAAGGAUCAUUAUCCAUAAGUCUGGAAAGUUUGUUAAUUUUUUCACUAAGCAUCAAAUAAUAUACCAAAUGCUGCGAUAUUAUAAAGCACAAGUCAUUUCAAACUUUGUGCAGAAAACUAUGAAGGAACAACUUUGGGUUUUCAAAGUCAUGACACUAUUAGGACAGGGCUCUAAAAAGAAUCUUAUGUCAAAUUUAUGAUUCCACCGAUUAUACCACUCUACUAGACUUAUGUGGGUUUGCUUUCUAAAAUUAAUACCUAUGAAAUUCGUAGUAUGCAUCGAGGUGGCUAAGCUUGCUUCUGUAAAUGGUAUAUUUCCUACCAUGGAUGGGAAUAUGGUUGUGGCUUGCACUUGUUGAAACUGUACGAAUCCUCUAACACUCCUCAAGAUGCUGUUUCUUCUGUUGUACUGCCUGCUUUGUGUUUUUUCUCUUCACAAAAUGUCUCUUCCCCACUAACAUAAGAGAGGUAGGGGACUGGAGCACCUUUAAUCAUAUUAAUAUCCAGCAGCUUUUCUUCUAGAAAUUCUGUUGUACGGUUUACCUUACCAGCGGUAAAAUGUAAACGCCAAUUAAUCAAAGUCAAAAUAAUGUUUGAAAGUCAAAGUAAUGGUGUUUUUCUGGGUUGUAUGAAAGAGUUGUUCUCUGUUCACUCUUUAUGAGGGUUAUUAUAUGAUUUUAUGGAUCGUAAAAGUCAAUGCUGAUUAAAGAAAACUGAAAUAGUUUAUUUUCCUCCACACGGCUUUUUAUCUGGGGUUCCAUUUCCAUUUCUUUUACCGUUGGUUUUUUUGCCAAAAGGCUAAUAUGUUGGCUUGUAGAUGUGGGUGGUUAUUAUUAUUUAAUUUGAUGCAUGAACGAGAAAGAUUUUUUUUUUUUUUUUUUUUUUUUUGCAUGCUAACACUUUGACGUGGGUAUCUAAUACAUCAUUGUCAUUUCCUUGUUUAUCUUUAUACAGUCUGACUGGGAUCUAAGGUUGGCCUGCCUUCUUCUAUUCGCACUUGAUUUGGAGGGUAACUUUUGGCAACUAUAUGGAGACUUUUUGCCUAGUCUGGAUGAGUGCACCAGCUUGCUUCUCGCUUCAAAGGUUUGAUUUAUUCUUAGCUAAAACGUAAUUCCUCUAACUGACAGUAAUUUUGAUUAGCAAAAGAUUGUAUUGAUGCUAGAAUUUUAUGUGAAAUUUCAUUGGCCAAUUCAACCUGCAACGUCUAAUUUAUAGACUUCGCAGCAAAGAUUCGAUCAAUUAGGGGUCACUAAUAUCUAUACCUGCUAGUACAUAAAAUGAUUCGGGUUUCUGUGUUUGAUCGAUCUCUGAAUAAUGUUCUGAGGCACCCUAGGGGGUAGAGAAAGGAAUGAACAUGUCAAGGUCGGGGAAGGGGCUUGUUUAGCUUCUGCUUUCUUCUAGCUACCAAACUCUUUACUGUUUUCUUUGUUAUUUGAGUUCUUUUUGUUUUUGUGUAAUGUGCAUAUGUGGAAUCAAAUACCAUGUUGUAAAGCACAUCAUUUGAAAACUAUGGUGUGUUUAGUGUUGCUGCCUUAUUCAAAUUAUUUGUACUGACAUUCUUCAAUAGUUUGUGCUGUUAUGUCACUGCUGGUAUGGAGAUUAUUAGUGGUAUAUGAUGAUCAAUAAUAAUGAUCAGUCAAUCCUAAUGAACCCAUUCCUUAUCUAGCACUGUAGGUAUUCAAUUAGAUUUUAGUUCACCUAUUGCAUCUUCGCUUUUCAAGGUGUCAACCUAAUGUAGAACAUCACUUUGAAAAAAAAGAAGGGCGAAAAGCUUUUGAUCUAUUAAAGGACAGGCUACAAAAAAUGAGAAAACUCAAAAAGGCUAAAAAUUAAAUUAGCCCCAAUUCUUGCUAAUAUUUGAUUAAACUUCAUGUUUAAUUGUGUUCUUUACUAAUUUAUGGUGUGUACAUAGGGGCACUCAUUAAGUUUUUGAUCAUUCAGGAGUCUAUAUCCAGACUUGAUGAUUGGAUUUGGUUGAUUUAUGUUAUCAGAAAGAUCCAAUUGCUUUUCGACCAAUCUGCAUGUGCAAAGUAUCAUUCUAUAUAUUGUCCUCAGAAUUGUGAAGCCUGAAUCUGCAUGGGCCAUCAAAUUAAGAAUGACUAAUUCUGGUAUAGUUUUGCGGAAUAGAGAAAAUAGUAAGGUCAGUAGAGGCUCACGAUUAAAAAUAACUUCUAGUUUCGACCUGAGAUGCAAAAGGGUCAGCCAAUGCUGACUUUUAUGUGGCUCAUCACCAUUUAUUCCUUGGAUCUCAAGGAAUCGUAGUAUGUAUCAGGAUAAAUGUAGUCCUGAUUUUUAGGUGUAUGCUUUAGUUGUGUAUAAUGAUGUGUUCUCUUGAAGUAGCAAAUAGAUUCUGCUCUUCUUUGAAGAAGUAGACAAUGAAUAUGAUUGACUUGAAGAGCUUCAGUUCAUGAAAUAUAUGCACUUUUUAAAUUAAAUGCACUUUAUUCCACGUGGGCAGUCCUCAAUCUCCAUAAAGUUCAUCGGAAUAAUGUGCUGGCAACAUGCUUUCUAUUGUCUGUGACCCUAGGAUGAGCUAUUGGAGUUGCAAGAUCAAAAUCUGGCUUCUAAGAUUAAAACACAGCAGCAGAGGGCAAUAGAAUUUUGGGAAAAACACUGGGUGAGAUUUCUGUGUUAAAUUUUUUUAUUUUUUGGAUGAUGAUCUAUUUGGUGCAUUCGUCUCAUAAUUCAUUUAAUCAGCAUUCUGCAGCUCCUUUAAGGAUCAAGCGUCUUGCUCAAGAUUCAGAAAGAUUCAUGUGGGCUCUAGGCAUUGUCCAGACUCGUUCCUACCACAUGCAAAUGAGGGUUGGUGCACUUGUUCAAGAUGCCAACAUGCUUGUUCCGUAUGCUGGUAACUUCUGUAACUUGUUGCGAAUUAAGGUUCUUUUUCAUCUUCUAUAACACUUCCAUGCUCCUCAAGUACAGCUAGAACAAUACUGUAUGCUUCUUCAUAUGUUCUUAGCCAUUUUGUUAAAGUUUGUGGUUGCUACCUUGUUUACAAAUCAAACUGCGGUGAUGCUGUCAGUGUCCAUCAUUUUCUAAAGAAAAAGAUAGACCUGCCAAUCAGAUCCAUUUAACUUUCUGUACAUUCGACAACCAGAACUCAGGGCAUGAACCAGUGAAUGGGAAAAAUUCUACUUCAUUUUUUUGAUGACGUUUUCACAGUGUCUGCAAAGUAAUUAUAGAUGUGUUUGAAAGGUGAAAAGGUAAGUAGCGUUUUUGCUACUGGAUAGAUCUGUAAACGCUUGAAUAGUUAUAGAUGGGUCAGGUGCUGUUUCUGAUUUAAGUUCGUUGGGUCAUGCCCGCUGGUACUGCUAUGUUAUUGGGUUUUCAUUGAAAACACACGUCAGUAAUUGCUGCUGAACAUCCGAGACUUCAAUUAGUUUGCUUUCCUCAUGUGCCAUUUGUUCUAUCCUUGACUAAAAUGCAUCCUCUUGAUUUGAAAGCGGAUCAUUAUUCAUUGAUUCCAGUAGUAACUCAGAGUUGAAUCCUGUGAGUAGCUAUAGAUGUUAAAUGAUUGAUUUGGGGUACUUGUUUGAAGUCAAAUUACAACGUCAACAUUUUUUUGGAUGAGAAAGCUAUCCAAAAUUUAUUUUUUUGAUCAUGCACACUUUAUUAACCUUUUCUAGGUUCUUGUACGCCCUUUAAAUUAUAACUUAUGCCCUGUUACCUGAGGCAUUGAACUAAUUUUUGCCUUUGAUUCUUUCGGAGUUUCUAGUACUCUUUCUCUUCCUAUGUCACUGUUCAAACUUUGAGUCAUGUCUUUUUAACGGCACUACAUUGUCUUGCUAGUUUUUCUUAUUUGCAAUUCAUUUAGUUAUUGGGCAUGAUGAACCUAAUAACCCAUACAGACACGAUCUUCGGUGUUAGAUUCUUUGGUGCUUAUUAUGAAAUCCUAUGGCUUGUUUUGGUGAGAAAAAAGUCUUUCUCCGGUGUAGCAUGGCAGACCAACUCUGUGGUUUCCACCAAGAGAUUCUCCUUUUCAGACCCCACAAGGGAUCUCCAUCUUGUCAUGCAGCAUUCUGCUGCAUCACAUGAUAUCAGGACGCAUUGCUAUAAAUCCAGAGGUACGCCUCUCAUCUCUGUGACUACAGCAACCUUCUGCAUCAUACACAGCAUGGUGUGGAGUUGUGUUUACCCAUACGUCCUUGUACAGCAUCAAGUGUCAUGUUGGUUCCUCCAGUAUCACCUCGUGUUGGCAGAACCCAUAUAUCCAUGUACGGUGUUAAUUGGAUUCCUGUAGGUUCAUCUCCCACAUCCGUUUGUUCCAUGAGUGUGUAUGCAGCUCCAUACUGCAUACCAGGCCAUUGCGAGACCUGCAGAUUCGCAUCACAUUGCUUCUCUAAAUUAAGCAGCGACAUCUUAUUCAUCAUGCGUCCCUUGAACGCUUUCAAGAUGUCCACUAAAACUGUAAGAAUACCUCUAAAUCGGAUUUUUGACAAAGAUGCCCUACCUCUCUGGGGACAAGUUUACUACGAGAUCCAUAGUGAAGAGAGCAAGCGGAAUAUCAUGCAUUGAAUCGAUGAUCCUUCUCUAAUGACUACUGUUGGUGAACCAUUCAAGUAGUUAAUAACGUGUAGAAACCUCAAUCAAGGAGAAAUCGGAACACAGAAGGACAAAGCAAAGGGCAAGCAUGUAUGGAGUCGUUAAGCAUGAUUAACCACUGGGAGACACACUGGGGCAUUCAAUACCCUGAGAAAAAAUCCCAACGACUUCAAGAAAGGAAAGUCGAGUUUGUUUGCUAACAAAUACAGGAGGCAUGCUCAUAGGUAGUAUACUUAUAAAUUUAAGGUCAAUAGUCAUCCAGAAAGUGGGUUUUUCUAAUGAUAGAGCUGCUUUACACAGAAAGAACCUUUCUUAGCUAGAUCCCUUGUUUCUAUCUACUUAGUAGGCUGGGGAUGAGAGCGGCUAGUCACUCAGUAAGUCGCUUUUGGGUCGAUGUAAUAGGAGAAGCAAAUUACAUGUCAUAUAUCGUAAAGAUAUUGUUAUCCUACUGAAGAUAAUUUUAAGAAAAGUGAUCAUGUCAGUUAUCUCCAUCGCCAUAUCUGUUGAUUAAGGUACUACUUGCAUUGAUGAUCACUUCAUCUUCGCCAACACUCUUUUAUGAUCCUUUUCCAUGUAUUUUCUGUCUGUUAAUAUAUUCUGUCAAAUGUCAAAAGAGUGUUGACGUUUUCUCCAAAUUAUAUUAUUUUUUCGAAAUUUAUAGAUGAAGCAAACGGUUGACGAUCACGAAUUAGGAUUCUUCUACCUCUCACCUGGGAUAUUCUCAACCUUUUACACCUUAAGGUUGGCUUAUGAUGAAAAUUGUCAAACGAAAAGGAUACAUAUGCGAUUCCUGUCUCGGAGACAUUUCUUUGUAAUUAAUAAUGUUUGUAUGUUGGGAUAUGUUUAGUCAUACUAGUCUUGACUCUUUUAAAACUUAUCUUGUGAAAAAAUAAUGUAGAACAUGAAAAGAAACAUCACAGAUUUUUGUGAAGCAUGUUGACAUUCUUCAAGUGCGUUUAUUCCAUAGCAGAAUGAGGUGGCUUUGUGUUCCAUAAUUUCAGCAAAAAGGAUCAUCGAGUGGAAGAACCAACAGUAGGAGCAUGAUCGUGCUAGAAAUUGAGUGGAUGUCAUUUUCACAGUUUUUCUUGUUAGUAACUGAAUGUCAUCGAAAUCCUCAGGCACAGGUUAUGUUUUAAUUUUAUUCCACCUAAGAGCCCUUUCUUUCAUCUUCCACCAAAGUAUUUGAAUGCUUGUUUAUACUCCCCUAAGCUUAAUACUUUUGAAGUCAAGGUUGAUAUCACCAGUGCUACCUCGUUUAGGAGUAAUGGGUCCUUAGGAAAUAGUAUAUAAUCUUCUUCCUCCUUUUCGAAAGAGAGAUAUAAGGUGCAUAACAUUGCCAUUUCUCUUGGCCUGCACCAUCACUUCUUUCAUAUAGAUCGUAAAUGAUCUUUCCUAAAUAUAUAUGAUAGAUGAGGAAACUCGAUCUCUUUAGGAAAGUGGAACAUAGGAAUAACACGGAACCUCAUAAAGAGAAAAAGCUUGUUGGAUUGAAGUCUCUGGUAUCAAAUCUCAAGUAUAUGGGUUGUGGGCCAAAACUACGCCAAAGAGCUUGCAUGGACCUAUGAUUUGGACUUUCAGGGUCAAGAUUGUGGUCAUAUUUUAAAUUUUAUGGCCGGAUACCAAUGGAAUUUAUCUAUAUUUAUGUGAAAAAUGAUGUUUUGAAUUGGGACCACUAAGAGUAGGUCUUCAGGUGAUGUACUUCUGGGUACACUCUUUAGAGGAAGUUUUUAAAUUGCAAAAAUCUUUGUAUUGCAAAAAUCAAGUAUAUGGAGUGACAAAUGGGGAGACGGAAAUAUAUUCAUUCUAAUCGUUUUUGUUGAUGAUUUGGUGAUCAUGAGGAAUGAUAUUUAGUAGAUCGAGUUAAUAAUAUAUUCACUUCAGCAAUGCUGACAAAAACAGUAGCAAUUUUACAUGGUGCUAGAAAAUUUGCUCAGGAAUGGAGUACAUCAAUCUCUUCAGUUUCCAUCAAUGUUUUUAUUAAUAUUGUUAAAUUUCUCUUGGGAAAACAUUGUUUAAUUCGUAAAUUUUGGUUCAUCCUCUUAAGACUUGAUAUUAAUCAUAUUAUUUCUGCUGUUAGCUAGUUUCUCUGCUUAUUAAAGCACCCAUAUGAAGGCUAUAGAGUGGUUGCUUGAUAUACCGAGUCCAGAAAGGGAUAUAUUCUACUAUGGAGCAGAACACGUUGAGUUUGAAGUUUAUUCUAAUGCUGACUAGGCUGGAUAACAUGAUAUUUGCUUAAAAUAUCACUAGGAACCUAGUUCCGUAGAUUGCAUUUAGCUGACUAAUUAAAGUGAUGUUGAUCCUUACCUUUAUUUACAAGUUAUUUGAAAGUUUCUGGAUUUAAAUUUAUCCCUUUCAUUUUAGUCCCGUCUAUCACCUCUAUUAUUAAUGCUAUUAGUUCAUUUAUAUCCAACUUUAUUUCUUCAUUAACAGAUUCAUUGCACCUCCAUUGUAAGAUAUGCAUAUAUUUUCCAGAAUUCAUUAAACUGUCCUUAUGGUGUACCAGUUCUAUAGAGUGAUUACUUGCCCUUCUGUAGACAUGUUGAAUCACUCUUUUCAACCAAACUGCUUUCUUCACUGGCGUUUCAAGGACCGCAUGCUUGAGGUUUUGAUAAAUGCUGGCCAAAGAAUCAGGAAAGGGGAUGAGGUGAACCGAGAUGCUAUUGAUCCUCCGUUGUUUUUGAUUUUUCAAUACUUCAUUGCUAAACAUCGUGCUGCAUUUCAUGUUAAUGUCUUACCAUACUAAGGAGUCUUUGAGUGAUAUUAAAUUAUAAAAGUUUGAUUUAGAUAUAUUGUAUAACCAAAUAUUUCAAAUGAUCCUUAUAUUUAUUCUUGUGACUUUUGGGAUGCUAAAACUUCAUUGAUCUCUCAUGUUUCCAAGUUCAAAACUUUUCGAAGUUAUAAGUUUAGUGGAUAACUUAGGAAUCAUCAAAUGUAACAUAUCAUUAACUGAGAGAAUGGCAUCAUGACUUAUUGAUGGGUGUUAUGCUGCCCGAUCUUUCUCACUUUGCUUGAUUAUAUAGGCUCAACCUGUAUAAUGCACAGCAGAAGUCUUGGCUUGUAUGUAAUAGCGGAUUUUCGGCUUUGUAUGAUCAAUUUUUUAAAAUAUUUUGUACCUUGCCUUCUGUCGUCAACGGAAAUAAGUGAAAUUUUUGAUACUGGAGUUGGUCAAAACAUCAAAGCUGUUUAUGGCACUGAGGACAGUUAUAGAUUGACCGUUUUUAAUUGAAUGCAUCUGAUUCCCAGAGACAGACUGGGGCUCUAUCAAAUUGUUUUUGCCACUCUAAAUCGUGCUGUACCAUUACCAAUGGAAGCAUUGUUUUUCACUGAUUUAAACAGCCUACAGCCUGUGAUCCUAUGGCCAGUUACGGUUACAAUUUAAAUUGAAUUGUUCGAGAAUCAUCCAUAUUUGUAAUUUGAGGUAAUUUCCAUGAUCAGCACAAAAAUACAUGCAUCACUUUCUAGGGGAUCAAGUAUUCCCCCAAAAACAAUAUACAAUGAUUGAGACCCAUACUAUUCAUUCAAUUGGUAUCGAACUGAUUUUUCUGGUCAAGACCUGGAAGGUUGGGUACCCCCGGUUGAGAGGGCAGGGGGGUGUUGGGGAAGGGGGUAGGUGGCAGCUUUUGGGGGUGAUUGCACUACAAGAACCCUGGCUAGGGAUAUUGACCGUUCAAGGCAAUAAUGAGUUUGAGAACAUUGUAAGGGUGACGACAAGGAGAGGGGAGAAUGAGGCAAUAAAGAUGGCAAGGUGAAGAUAAUGGAGUGGAGUUCCUGGAUUGGAGCAGUUGCAGCAGAAAAGCCCUAGGCAGGUGCGAUAAUGAUUGAACCCUAGGGUAAUGGUAAUUGUUGAGUGAUGGUUAUUAUUCAAUGCCAAGAAUUAUGAAUGUGCAGAUCAAAAGGAAGGGAAACGGGAGUAUGAGGGUGAGGAAAGACAACAGUGCGGGUUGAUGAAAAUGUGGGGUAAUGGCAUUGCAAGCGAAUGCCGCUAAAGAUGGCAAUGUGGGAUGACAUCUGCUUAGGGAAAUGCAAUGGCGAUGGAAAUACAGGGAUAACGAUAAGAGAGUACAUAGUGAUAACAGCGGGAAUGGCAUAUGCAAGGGCAAAGUAUCUUCCUCAGCAUCAUCAUAGAGUAGAACUAGUUUUAUAGAAGGGUUACAAGUGCUCUCGUCAAUCCAGGAGCUACCUUAACAGCAUGAGGAUUAGUUCAGUCUUUGGAUUUGAUAAUAGGCAAAGUAUAUAGUUGAUGAUAAGUGGUUUAGAUACCUACCCGACUGUGCAACUAGGAAUGGUUAAGGCUUCGCAACAGUGAUUAUGGGAGAGGAUAAUUGUCAUGAAGUUAGUGAUGCUAUUUUUUUACUUGCCUUGUCUAGUUGACAUCUAAUGAAACGGUAAGAGUGAGUGCUUAACUCAUGGUUGGAUUUUUUCGUGAUGAACUCUGUAUGUAAGUUUUUACGUAGUAUCUUGUGUGUCAUUUUCGAGGAAAAAAAGAAAACUUUCGGGGACACGAAAUGAUUUAUACCUUUCCAUCAAGUAAUUUAGUGAGGAAACCUAUAGUUUAUAAACUCAGAUGAAUUCUUUCUGCAUACUGUCAAGUCAAAUUUAUGAUCUGAGUAUUAUGUAAAAUUAGAGAUGCAAUCAGAUCAAACUUAAGACGAAUGUAGUAGAGUCUGUAUUGCAUCUGAUAAGACCCCAAAGCCCAUGACUUUAAAAGAAAUUAUGGAUGCUUUUUUUGCUUGUUUUAAAUAAAUGUUUGAAUCAAGCUAUUCAUUAUUAGCUUUUCAGAAAACUUGGCUGAAAGGCUAUUCAUAAUUAGUGAUUGGAUUAUUGGUAAUCAUAUACAUCCCUUUGUCAAGUCCUAUAAUACUUGCAUUUGUUAUUAUUGAUAUUCAUAAUUCACUGUUCUUGUUGUGGAAAUUUUUGUUGAAUAAAACAGUCUCAUUCCAUUCGUCACAGAUUAUUUGAUCAUAGUCUAACAAUUAAUAAUGCAUUGUUUUCAUAAUGCAGCCUGCAAGAAGUAUAACAACCGUAUGAUUAUGUGGUUACUUGACCGAUUUCUCUGUUUAUUCUGUGUUUUCCUAUUCUUACCGAUUAAAAAUAUGUAUAUGAUAGUUCUUCGUUUACAAUGAUAGCCAUGUUGCAUGUCUCACUGAUUUCAUAAUACUUGUGGUUUCUUGAUCCAAACGUUUCGAAAUGUUGACAGAUGACUAUAUGCUAUAUGAGUGGGCAGAAGAAUGAUAUGUUAAUGGAAAGAUAUGGUUUUUCGUCGUCUAUGGUAUUCACUCUGCUUAAUCAUUUUCUUUUUAUGCGUUUUGCCAUGCCCUGUCAAAUUUAUUUCAGUUGUUGCAUACCAGUGGAGAUGAAAUCAGAAAAUCAACUCUCAUGAACGAUGAAUCAAUUGAUUAAAUUAUCAUGUGACAUUGUAGGUUGUUCAGCUUAUUUUAAUUACAAAUUUGAGAUGUAAAGUUUCUCAGUAUUUUAAAAAUUUCAAGAGAUCUUUGAGUCAGUAUGUUAAAAUGAUCUUUAACACGAUUCAGAAGGUCCUUGACAACGGUCUUGUGUCUUCUUUCGUGUUGGGUUGCAUUUUGACACAUGUACCUGACAACGGUUUCCACCACCUUAUUGGUGCCGUACAUAUCCUGCCAUAGAUACUGGGAUACUGAGAGAUCCAUAGACAUGUCUAUUUACCCAUAGAUCUACUGAGAGUACCCACCCCUGAUAUCUUCUUUCACUUUGGUUGAUAUCUGCUCUUUCUCUCUCUAAUGUCUUCCCUCACUGUUAACAAUACCUUUAAUCUCCAAAUAAUGUAAACCCGGAUCUAAUCUAACUGUUCUCUUUGCUAAAUUUGCCACACUCUUCCUGCACAUCACCGUCACACUCUGCUUUCAAUUUGUUUCACCUUUUAGUUUAUUUCUCCUUAUUUUCUGCUGUUUUUCUGUAAAUGCAAGUGCCUUCACUAUUACGCCUCGAUCCUUCUCUUCAUCCCUGCUCAAAUCACAUGUUACGAUGCGGACAGCAUAGAUUAAGACUCUCUAUCUUGUUAAGAACUAUGCUUUGAUAACUGAUGUUGCCCAUGCCAUCUGGAAUUAAACAAAUGGUUAUGUUCUUGUGUUGGUCAAACAAAAGUACGUUUGAGGAGAACUGCACUCUCACUAGAAUAUACUUGGAAGCUAAUCUUACUAUCCAGUUAGACCUGGGCUUUUCUUUAUCACUAUUCACAGCUUGAUUUCUUUGUUUGGGUAACCAUUUCCCUUCACGUCCACCUUUGAAAAGAGACUUUCAAUUUCUGCCUCGAAAUCGGGAUGCUCUCAUGCCUUUAUUCAACUCUUACGCCUCCAAAGUGAAUGGUUUUCACCAGAAUAUAACAAUUUAUUUCCCUGAAUGGCUAUCGAAUUUGCAUCCGCGGGGCAUCAAGCUUCUGGUAUUUAAACAGAAAAAGUUCAUUUCACCUCAGUUGAAAGUGAAAUGAGUGUUGCAGAAGAAAAAGAAACUGCAUUGGGAAUAUAUUGAGCGAUGGAAGACUGUUGUUUGAUUUAUUUACUUUUCUUUAGCAUUCCUGCGAGUUACUGGAGAUUCUUGCUCAGAAAGAACAGCUGGUAUACAUUUGAGGGAUUUCAAGCAGUUUAGCGCCUUCACUCUAGCUGUGUGGAAGUGAGCUUCCUUCGUAAUGUCUGGUGGGGUUAGUGAUACUCGGCAAGAUUCUUGAAGAUUGUAGUAAAUUGAAGGCCGAAUUAAGAAACCCUUCUGAUAUAUUGUGUCUCCUGCUUGCUUUUCCAUUCGUGGUAAAGAAAAAAAUCAUAUCUUGCUUUGUACCGGCGCUUUCUGUGUUCCAUAAUCACCUGUGGAUGGUAUUAUGCCAUUUUCAGUGACGUGGUCAGUCCCACUGAUUAACAAAAGCAAAGACCCCAAAUGGCUUCUUUUUUCUACAUCCUGAAGUAUUAUGCGAUGGAAAAUGUGCUAAUAAACAGUAUGAAUAAGAUUACGAUCUGAUAUUCCAACGUCGCACUUAGUUAAAUAUGAUCAAUCACAAUACCCCUCCUCAUCCGCUCUUCAGUCUGAUGUACCCUUUAAUUUUCAGAAUCCAUGGGAUAACAUACCCUUCUCUGGUGGUGCAAAAGUACACUUGGACUCCUUUCUGUCUGUCUUCAACAUAUCAGGACUGCCAGAAGGAUACUAUCACAACAGUAAGCAACGUUUUACUGUUUCUCAGUCAUUGACUUCUACUGUCUUGUGCCAUAUCUCGCCUUACAUCCCCCUCCCUCAGUCAAUGAAGCUGAAAGAGUUAUCAUACGGUCUUCUUCUCGUUGACCUGUAGACAACUUAUCCGCUGGAGAAGACUUUGUAGAUGGCGCCGUGAUAGCCGCCGCUAGAACAUUGCCAUCUUGGUCUGAAGGGGACACUCCCCCAAUCCCAAGUGCAGAGAGGAAUGCUGCAAGGGAGCUGCAGGAGGAGUGCCAUCAAAUAUUGGCGCUGUUCCCAACGACCUCCGACCAAGAUAAGCAGAUCCUCGGUAUUGUUGACCACCAACAGUCGGAUCUCUUGGGAUUUUCACUUCCUGAACUCAUUUUAACCCUGUUUUCUUCUUUCAUGGGUGAAAAUAUGCAGAUUCCAAUCCCCAGAUGAGUAGAACCCUGCAAGCAUCAGUCAAGUAUGUGACGAUGGUUCUUAAUGAAAACUAGGCCUCCCUCUGACUUGAGAACAGUUUUACACUUGUUUUCUUCUUGGGAACACUCACUGAUCCUCGCCCGUCCUGGUACUGAACAGGUAUCGGUGGCACCGGAAAUCGUUCAUAGAGAAGGUGAUCCAAGCACUGGAGCUCUAUCAGGAUAGAAUACUCUUCUGA